AUGGGAUCCCCAACCCCACAGCAGUUCCCUCCCCACGCCUUGGAGAUUCUUGAAUCCCUUCCCCAGGCCUCGCGCCCUUGGAGACCCAAGGAAUCAACACCCCCCAACGCCACUCGGGUACCCCAGGGUCUCCCCAGCCUCACCCCCUUUGGGGCCCAAGGGUCCCGCUCUGCCCCUUCGGGGAACCCUCAAGCGUCGCCAAUUCGGAGACUACCCUCUCCUAGGGCCACCGUCUCAGGAAUCCGGGCGUUUGCCCCGCUAACUACUGAGGCACAACAGGGGUCCCUUUGGCCAUUCCCCCACCCUCAGGAACCCGAAUCCACUUUCUCAGCCCCAGUCCCUAGGGGAUCCAGGCAUCCCAAGCCCCAGCUUGAACUCUUUUCUCCCCCGAACCUGACACCCAGCGCAGCGUCAGGGAAAAAGCUAGCAACAGGUGGUUCCCGCUGGGGGCCGCGCCCCCGCACCUGCGACUGUCCAUCCCUGGCGGCCCCGGCCCUCUUCCCUCCCCCUCCUAUGCCACCCCGAUGCCUUCCCCCUUCCCCCCGGCACCAGGGUCAGAGCACGGAAGGACCCUAUAAGCCAGUGACUACUAAAUCUCUUCUGGAGGACCCCGGGCGGUUGCGAAAGGGCGGAGUACAGGGACCUAGGAGUUCAGACCCACAGUCCCCACCCCCGAGCCUGGCAUCAGAGCCCUCAGCUACGCCAUCCCUUCAAGGACCUGGGCAUGGUGAUCCCUAA